AUGUCAAUCUUUGACCGCUGUUCACUUGCAGGCGUUCUUGCUAUUGCUGGGCUCGCUGUCGCCCAGGGACAAGGUGAUGGAGGAGUCGACCCUUUUGCUCCUGUUUACGCAAAUUGCCCCUCCGGCUUGAGAGUGAGGCCUGCCUCAGAAGGACUAUCGCGAAGCGAAUCGUCUUGGAAAGUCAGCCGUGGGGAGAAAGUCAUUCCGGCUCUCAGCUCAUACCUCACGUUGGCCAACAUCGAUGGCUUCAAUGUGCAGGAUUACAUCCAACGUCUCAACACCUCCAACUUUCCGGUUGUUGGCCUCUCCAUCUCGGGAGGAGGUACUCAGUCCGGCAUUGGAGGUCUGGGAAUCUGGCAAGCCUUCGAUGCCCGCAACCCUGCUGCGGUCGCGGCCCGCACGGGAGGGCUGACGCAGGUCUUGACGUACAUCACUGGUCUAAGUGGAGGCGGUGCUCUCACGGUCAGCACGCUAGCUGCGAAUGACUUUGUCACGAUAGACGCCCUUAGGAAGCAGAUCGACUUCACUGUGGACUACACUGUCGGUCCUGAUGGCAAUCAAACAACGUAUUUGACAGAGAUCUUUGAGAAUCUUGGCGCUAAAGCCGAGACCGGUUUGCCUGUUUCCGUUGCCGAUGCCUUUGGUCAGUUCUGGGGAAUCUAUCUACCUGAAAACCGGACGUACGGCAACUACUCAGAUCUCACCCUUCCCGGAACCGUCUUUUCUCUGGGCGAGGCUCCGAUGCCCAUUGUCUCUCUCUCCGAAGUCAUUCCCGGACAGUCGCCUAACAUCGGUGGUAUAAUGUGGCCUGGGAGGAAUGCCACCAACGGAUUCAACCUAACUUCGUACGAAGUGACCCCGUUCGAGUUCGGAAGUUGGAGGGGUGGGAGGAUCCAAGCUUUCAUGCCUACGAUGUAUCUCGGAACCUCCAUGGCCAACGGCACAGCACAGAACACUAGCGAGUGCAUACAGGGUUUUGACAAGUUCACGUUCAUUCAGGGAUCCACGGCCAACGCCUUCGAUGCCUGGUUCAUUGAUGAAUGGUAUGACACACCGAUCUUCGCCAAGCGCGCGCUGAAGACCGGACCGCCGACCUCCGGUAAUAUAAUCCCGCCUCCCCAGUUCGAGGACGACGGGCGUGUGAUCCUCGUCAACCAGACUGCCCAGUUCUUCAACCAGACAUUCAACGAGUCCCUCUGGGCCACGUACCCGAACCCCUUUGAGAAUUAUAACCCAGCCAUGCAGGGGGUCGACGAGCUUCUCCUGGUCGACGGAAGUCUUGGGGGAGAAACGAACCCCAUCCGCCCCCUGAUCAUCCCCGAACGUCAGGUAGACUUCAUCAUCGUUUACGAAGCGUCCUCAGACGCAAAGUAUAACUGGGUCAACGGCACCAACCUUGUUAACGCUGCACAGUCCGCGGCCCAAGGCAACAUCCCCUUUCCUCGGAUUCCCGACGUCGCGACGUUAGUAACCCAAAACCUGACAAAGCAACCGACCUUCUUCGGGUGCGACGCCGCCACCUCGCCGCCCACGCCGCUAGUGCUCUACCUCCCUAACUCGCCGUGGUCUGGCUACAUCAACUUUACAUUCUUCAAGUCAUCCUUUACGGACAACGAGUUCGAUCUGACAGCCGACAACGCCUUCAACCUUGCGACUUACGGCAAUGGCACCGUCGAUUCGUCGUGGCCCGCCUGUCUCGCCUGUGCGACAAUCCGGGGUAGUCUGACAAGGCUUGGAAUUGAGCUGCCAGAGAAGUGUCAGGAGUGCUUUCGGCGCCACUGCUGGGACGGCACCGUCGCCACCCGGACAAUCACACCGGAUGAUCUCAAUCCUAGGCUAAGGCUAAACUCGAGUUUGUCAUAUGCAGAGUGGAAUCAGACGUACUGGAGUAGUCAGACGAGCACGGGCGGAAGCAGCGGAGGCAACGGCGGCGGCGACGGCAGCGGUGGUGCAGGAGGGGGAGGAGGGGGAGGAGCUACACCUUCGUCCUCACCGAAUCCAUCGGGAGCCUCGACAACAGCUGAAAUCGGAAGAGCCGCGGCUGCUGUGACUGUAGCAUCUAUUAUUGCUCUCAUAGCGUUGCUGUGA